ACUGCUUUCACUGAGGAAAUGGAACACAAAGGCGAUCGAUGGUUGAAAUUAUUUCUUCUCCGAUAGACAUGUCGCCUCCCAAACUUCUCUAUUGCAUGCGGUAGCAGAAUGGCAUCUUUGGAUGUAGUCGAACAAGUACAGGAUCCAGAUCUAGUGGAGAGGGACAAGGAAUUUUACGGUGCAGUCAGGGAAUAUCUGGUCCUGUUCCUUCUCUUCGUUAUCCUCUACAGCAUAUCGUAUCAGCUCGUGUACUACUUCAAGCGCAAGCGAGAGCGCGAGGAUUACUUCUCGGUGGAGGAGGAUGGCCCGUAUCGUUUCUCGCUCUUUCUCUGCACUUUCACCCUGGCCGUGGCACUGGCGGCCAUCUUCCUGCUACCGUUCAGCAUAGUGACGUGCGAGAUAUCGCUACGCUAUCCGGAUAACUACUAUAUGCAAUGGCUCAACUUCUCGCUUCUAAAGUUGGUGUGGAAUAUGGUAUUCUUCUUCUCCAACUUCUGCCUCCUCUGCAUGAUGCCAUUCGUCUACUUCUUCAUGGAGGCCGAGGGUUUCAGUGGAUGGAGAACUGGCAUUCACUCCCGAGUGUGUGAAACACUGGUCACACUCUUCCUGCUGUUGACCUUGCUCAUCUGUUUGGUGUGGCUGAUCUCCAGCUGGCUAUCCAUCGGUGACGGACUAGACGGGACGUACCUCAACGUCUUUCCACUCCUAUAUUCGUUUGUGUCCCUAUGUGGAGUUCUGUGCACUUUGCUUAGCUUGCCAGUGGGUAUCGAGCACAUCAUCAUGUGGUUUGGAAAUCAGCUUGUGCUACCCAAGGCUGAUGACCAAAUCGACAUGUUGAGAAUGGAAGAGCAGGAUCUUAAGCGACGACUGGCCACUCAACACCUGGCCGGCACUAGUAUGCCGUCUUCCUCACCAUUGCUGGCGUCUUCAUCGCAGGCCAUGUCCAGUCUUGUCCACCGCCUCAAGUCACCCAACCCGGCGUCGGAUCGUAAUAACGGAGAUAAAGACAGAGACGGUGUGACCGUAGCUGGUACAGGGACAUCACAGCAUGAGAAAUCUAGCAGUAGUGAUCCCCUGGUCUGCAAUGGCUACACCCCACUCAUGAGUAGAGCUGAUCUGAAGAACAGACUGGUAGAGGUGAAGCAGCUUCAGCGUGACGUCAGGAAUCGCUUUGGCUCCAACUCUUUCUACUGGACUCUGUUUUUCUCCUUGUCAACGUUGUUCGUUCUCUUUCUUACGGGAAUUGCCCUACUGUCAUCUGGACAGAGCUUCAUUCAUCUUCUAUUCAACUCUGACGCCCUAGCUAUGAGUGCAACGGAAGUAUUCCUGGGUCGCUUGAAAAGCUCACAAACUGUUCUUGGAUCUGUCGGAGCUUUGCUGGAGAUGGCUCUUGUUACAUUCUUUGCUUUAUCGUCACUCAUCGGUGUUUACACGUCGGAAAGUUUUGCAUCUUGGAGACCUCGGCAUGGAGACACACCCAUGUUAUUGAUGAUAGCAAACUGCAAUCUUGUGCUGUUACUGAGCUCGGCGUUGCCGGUGUUGAUUCGAUCAUUGGGUAUCAGCAAGUUUGACCUAGUGGGUAUGUUUGGCAACUUACACUGGCUUAGUAACUGGUAUCUAGUUAUGAUCUAUCAUCUCAUCUUCUUCCUCACCAUCAUCUACCUAUGGACAAGACGAGUCACGCGCUCCGUUGUUGCCAAAGUUGGCCACUUCUUCAAUCUGGUCGCCAAGAAGAAGCACGACGUCUACUUUCAGCACCGGCAUUCGUCAUCGACAGAUUCCCUGCGAUUUGGCGCGGCAAUGUCGUCCGCCGGCACCCCCGUACAGUCGCCGCUCUCUGACCAUACCCCCGUACUGGAGGAGCACGACGUGUCGCCAUUGUCGUCAUCGUCUUCUCUCUACGACAUGUCGUUCUCCGACUCCAGUGUCCUGCUGUCAUCACCGGCACAAUCAGCAUCACUUGCCGACGGCACGCACGUCACAGCACUCAACGACCUAUCGUCUGGUCACCGUCAUGCUGCCAUAGAUAAUACCGCUGGCAGUGCGGCCACUGGUGAUGCUGCCAUCGGCCAUGGCUCUGGUGAAGAGAGCUCCUUGUCGCCCUCUGUCCACUGCUCUGAUGUCCGUGCUCGUGCAUCGUUGACACCGGGUGUAAUCGACGCAGUAUAGCCCGACUGGUUUUGUCAUUGUGAUGGCAGCGCUGGUCCUAAGCAUGUUGCAGUAUAGGCCGACUGAUGUUGUCAUUGUGAUGGCAGCGAUGGUCCGUAUAGGCCGACUGAUUUUGUCAUUGUGAUGGCAGCGAUGGUGCUAAGCAUGUUGCAGUGCAGGCCGACUGAUGUUGCUAUUGUGAUGGCAGCGAUGGUGCUAAGCAUGUUGCAGUAUAGGCCGACUGAUUUUGUCAUUGUGAUGGCAGCGAUGGUGCUAAGCAUGUUGCAGUAUAGGCCGACUGAUGUUGCUAUUGUGAUGGCAGCGAUGGUGCUAACAGUACUGCUGCUGCUGCUGCUGCUGCUGUUGAUUGGUGUAGCCGGGACAAUCACAACCGGAGUGCUGGUUUCACUCUGGAACAAGCCUACAAUGUCUACACUGUCCUUGUGCAUUCCAGCAUGUCACUUAGACAGAUACACUGCUGCUGCUGCUGUUGCUGCUGUUGUCGAUGUCGUCGUCAAUGAAACUCACCCACUUCUGAUUAUCCCUACGCGUACAUACCCGUGCACAUUCCCCCCACCCCCCCUCUCUCUCUCUCCAACGCAAGACUAGUGUUGCAUGUGUGCGUGUGUGUGUGUGUGUGCGCGCGCGCGUGCGUGCGUGCGUGUGUGUGUGUGUGUGUCCGUGUGCAUGGUACAUGCUUGUAUGCCCCCUUGUUUUUACCCUGGUAUAGUAUGUUGAUUUUGAUAUUCUUUCCGAAUUAUCUUAUCCGCCGAGGCUGCUCGACCUGUUUGUAGCAUCCUCGUUUUAAAUAUAGCAUGGUCAAAUGUUUUCUCUCUCUUCAAAUAUAACGUGCUGGUAGACUACCGUGCGCUGACACGAUAUUUACCAUCUCCAGAGUCAUAUUUCUCAUCAUAUUCCACAUGUGUCAUAUUAGAUCGGUGGCAGGCUACCGUGAAGACUUGAGCGUCUCAACCGCUGCUCAGAUACUUGUAUUAUUUUUGCACGCAUCGCCGUGCUGUCUAGUACCUGCGUGGGUUACACAAAUGCCACCUGCUGGCCGCUGUCUUGAUUUGAACUGCAGUGUUGUUUGUUUUUCCUGUGCUGCCCCCCCCCCCCCCCCUCUGUAUUUGACCUGUACUCCUGUGAGGCUAGGCUCUAACACUGAGACUGUACAUUCCCGCAGUGGAACCUCUUGUACUGCAGUGUGGCACUUUACUUUUAGCUUGUGUUUUUUUAUUAUUCUGUGUGUUGACCUUCCUUUUUGGUUCUUUUCAAAUGUCAGCGUGGCGAGCAUGUAGGCUUGUCCAUAUUGGUGUGUGACUGUCUGUUUGCCUGAACAUGUUCUUGGAUUUCUUCUGACGAGACUUGAGACAUUCCUUCAUUCUUUUCCACCAAGCUUUGUCGCUUGCAUUGCUGCUGGGUAUCUUGUUCUCAGUGUACCGUUGAUGCUGACAACACCGACGGCUUGCAUAUUCAUGUAUUCUUUUUUUAUUUUAAAAACAGUUUUUACUGUUGA